GCAGCCGUCCCCGUCUCGCUGUCCGGCUCGGAGCGUCCUCCCAGCAGAGUGCACCAGUAUACCAGUAACAUGUCCUCCAUCGCCGUCCACUCCCUCCUGCUCACCCCCUCCUCACCUCCCCCCACCUCCUCCUGCUCCUCCCCACCGCUCUCCUUCCCUCCCGCCUCUGCCAUUACCAUGGAGACCAGGCCACGCAUGGACAGCCUCAAGGUGAAGGUGAAGCUGAAGCCCCGCCCCCGGGCGGUGUCAGGUGUGGAGGACUCGACACUGUCUCGUCACGGGAAGAGGAUGAAGAACUGCCGCUGGACGCGCUGGAGCUGCAGCGUCACACUGAGCAGGGGCCCUUGCAUCCCUAAUGAGGCUGUUGCCAUGCCAACAGAGGAGGAAGUGGAUGCGCUGUUGAAGAAGUUUGGGUCGUGUCUCCGUCCUGAUCCGUCCCCCAAAGACCUGCGGAGGUGCUGCUUUUGUAACCAGCAGGGGGACGGACGCACAGACGGACCAGCCAGACUGCUGAACCUGGACCUGGACCUGUGGGUCCACCUGAACUGCGCCCUGUGGUCCAGCGAGGUGUACGAGACUCAGGCGGGCGCUCUGAUCAACGUGGAGCUGGCUCUGAGGCGGAGCCUGACUCUGCGCUGCGCUCACUGCCAGAAGACCGGCGCCACGAGCGGCUGCAACCGCCUCCGCUGCACCAACACCUACCACUUCACCUGUGCCCUGCAGGCGCACUGCACCUUCUUCAAG